AUGGCAAAGGCAAAUAAUGUUGUUUGUUCAAGACAUAUGCGGAUGAAGCAUUUGCAAAAAAAAGAAGCUGCUGUCUAUCUACUAGACCAUCCACAACAUGGACACCGCUCUGGUUCUUCUUCAUGUUUGGAACUAUCAGGUACACCUCCAACAGUCUUCAUUCGCACCACCAAAGACAUGUUUGGGUGUUUGAUUAGGUUUGUGGAGUUUGAUGCGACUGUCCUUCAUACCGAGAUCCUUCGUACGACUCCCAAGGAGAUCCCAAAAGUCUGCAUAAGCCGUAUCCGUUUUGGUUAUACUGAUGGUCACAACGGUAACACACUUGUAAAAGAAGAUGCAAAUGGAAUACACAGGUACAAUGAAGAAUGUUUAGGCGGGUAUAAUCUUCGAAAAUUAUGGUGGUCAUUGUCAACAACAAACAAAAAAUAUAUUACCAAUGUACCUAUGUAUUCCAUCCGCGUUGCCGCACGGAAAAGAGCAGGGGGAGUCCUUAAGAUGAUCAAUGAGGAGAAAGUGAUAAUGGAGUCACUCAUGUGCUUACACCGAGCUGGUGCUAACAUCAUCCUUACCUACUUUGCUCUUCAAGCCGCUACUUGCUUAUGCGGCAAGAAGCGGUAG